UGUGUUGGUUAACAGCCAAUAAUGGUUAUUACUAUGGGUUUCGUGGCUCCCUCGCUUUGCUUCUUCCUUGAAUCACUCUUCCCCCAAAUGCCGAAUCUUAUUCUUCCUCUUCCCCGCUCUUCGCAUUUUAGCAACCUCCAUCGAAACCGUUUCUCUUUCUUCUUCCUCACACUUUUUAGUUGAACAAGGCUGCCACUGACCUCCUCGGCGCGUUCUAGCCACCACCACCGUUUUUCUUCUUCUUCUUCUUCUUCUUCACACUCUCCUCUUUGCAUUCCAUGGCAGGAAAUUGUAUUUCUCUCUACAUUUGAAACUUCGUUCAAAGUUUUUGCAGGAUAACAAGGCUGCCCGUUUUUGGAGAUAAUUAAUAAUAGGGGAAAACUAUUCUGCUCCUAUGUUUUCACAUGUUAGCCAAAUGAAAUUCACAAAAGGUACUUCCUUAUAAGGCUGGGGAAGCUAUAUAUAUCACUUCACCAUGCGGGGAAGGCAGCGAGUGUUGUCCAGGGAACACAUAACUGCAUACGAUAGAGGAGAAAGUUCGGUACGUUUACUGAAUGGUAAACCUUCCUGGCGGAAAUCUUUGCGGCAUGUGUUAGUGGCUUCAAUUUCUUCUUUCUUAUUUGGCUACCACCUUGGAGUAGUCAAUGAAACCUUGGAAAGCAUUUCCUUAGACCUUGGCUUUAGUGGGAAUACCAUGGCUGAAGGUCUUGUCGUAAGUACAUGUCUAGGAGGGGCUUUUGCGGGGUCUCUCUUCAGUGGGUGGAUUGCGGAUGGUGUUGGACGCAGGAGGGCUUUCCAGUUAUCUGCUUUUCCUAUGAUCAUUGGGGCAUCAAUGAGUGCAACAACAAAAAGCCUGUGGGGUAUGCUUCUCGGGAGGUUAUUUGUUGGCACUGGGAUGGGACUUGGCCCUCCUGUUGCAGCUCUUUAUGUAACCGAGGUUUCACCUCCAACUAUAAGGGGUACUUUUGGGAGCUUAACUCAGAUUGCAACAUGUCUUGGAAUUAUGGGUGCUCUAUUUAUUGGAUUCCCUUCCAAGGAGAUAGUGGGUUGGUGGAGGAUUUGUUUUUGGGUAUCCGCCAUUCCUGCAGUAAUACUUGCCUUUGCCAUGGAAUUCUGUGCCGAGAGUCCUCAUUGGCUUUUCAAGAGAGGAAGGCGUACUGAAGCUGUAGCUGAAUUUGAGAAGCUCUUGGGUGGGAUACAUGUGAAACCUGCAAUAGCCGAAUUGUCAUGUGACAGAGGCGAUGAGUCUGAUACAAUCAAAUUUUCAAAGUCACUCUACAGUCGUCAUUUCAAAGUGAUGUUCAUUGGAUGUACACUUUUUGCUUUACAGCAGCUAUCUGGCAUUAAUGCAGUUUUUUAUUUCUCUCCAACUAUCUUCAAAAGUUUUGGUGUGCCUUCAGAUCUUGCAAACACUUGUGUAGGAAUUUGCAAUCUAGUGGGGUCAAUUCUUGCAAUGAUUUUGAUGGAUAAACUAGGAAGGAAAGUGCUUCUCAUGGGGAGUUUUAUGGCCAUGGCUGUAUCAUUGGGUCUGCAAAUAAUUGCUGCAAGUUCCUUUGCAUCAGAAUAUGGAGCAAUGUAUCUAUCUGUUGGUAGCAUGUUGAUGUUUGUCUUGUCUUUUGCUCUUGGUGCUGGUCCCGUUCCUGGUCUUCUCCUGUCAGAAAUACUGCCAAGCGCAAUCAGGGCCAAGGCAAUGGCAAUUUGCAUGGCUGUACAUUGGGUUAUGAACUUCUUUGUCGGUCUAUUAUUUUUGCGCUUGCUGGAGCAAAUAGGGGCACAACUCUUGUACGCUAUUUUUGCUGCAUUCUGUCUGAUGGCAGUGAUAUUUGUGAAGAAAAAUGUUGUAGAAACAAAAGGGAAGUCUCUUCAGGAAAUUGAGAUGGCACAUCUUCCACAACAAGCAACCUAAAUGAUGGAUAAGCAGCACAUAUUCAUUCGCUGAAUCAGCUGUGCAUUGCACAACUUUGGCAAAACAAAAGAUUUUCUUACCCGAAGAAUUUGCAGAAAGUUGAGUUUUAUGGCCAGAAUGUACCAGAAAUGCUUCUGCCUCGUGCAGCGGUCAUAGUGAGCUUUGACAAGGCUUUUUCAAUUUUUUUCCCCCAGGCUUGAGCUGGAGUCAGGAAAACAUGAACUGCCAAAAGUAGUGGCAAAAUGUAGAAGUCUUCAAUCUUAAAUGAGCAUAUCCUUAUUUUAAGAA